AUGUAACUCAGUCGCGAGCGUCAGAGACGGUUGAGCUCCACAGCCCACCUCACCUGAAACUCAAUCUUUCUUUCAGGAAAUCAUAUUGACUGAAAAAGAAAACAGAAGAACUUGUACUUUUUUGUUUUUUGUCGAUAUAUAGAUAUAUAUCGAUAUAUAUAGCUACAUAACAUUUCUAAAGAUCUCUAUUUAACUGAUGGUGAUGUAUCCUGACUCGCACGACGUAUUAUUGGAGACGGUGAGGUGAAUGCGUUGCCUGGGCAUUGGUUGUCAAACCUAAGGGCAGCUUGGUCUUUCUCUAUAAUAUUGCAUGGCCAUGUGAUAAAUGGAUUCCCUCAGCUUAAUCAAUGGCUCCUCUGGGAGCAAAGACCUGGCCAUUGGAGAGGAUUCAUCUGACAUGACUCUGAAUCAUCCUCUGCUAGAGUUGGGGGACAGCACCAAGCUUCUCGGGGUCCAGGUGGUUCUGAUCUUGGCAUACUCUACCAUCAUCCUUUUGGGCGUUGUGGGGAACUCCCUGGUGAUUUAUGUGGUUUACAAAUUUAAGACACUUCGUACCGUCACCAACUUCUUCAUCGCAAACCUAGCCGUGGCCGAUCUACUCGUCAACACGUUGUGUCUCCCUUUCACGCUGGCUUACACUCUCCUCAGGGAAUGGAAGUUUGGACAAGUGCUUUGUUUCACUUUGCCGUACGCUCAAGGUCUCGCCGUCCACGUCUCUACAAUUACAUUAAAUGUAAUUGCACUGGACCGGCAUAGAUGCAUCGUUUACCACCUAGACACUCGAAUGUCAAAGGACACCUGCUUUCUGGUCAUUGCCAUCACCUGGGUAGUAAGCGCCAUCCUGGCGAGCCCACUGGCCAUAUUCAGAGAGUAUGGGAUUGUAGAUCUUUCUCCAGAUGACUCCAUUGAGGUUUGUGGAGAGAAAUGGCCUGACAGUAGUACAGACAGCACUCUAUACUCAAUCUCCACGCUGCUGCUGCAAUAUGUAUUGCCUCUGGCAAUCAUCUCUUUUGCCUACAUCCGUAUCUGGAGUAAACUCCGCAAUCAUGUCAGCCCAGUUGGUCGCAACGACAGGCAUCAGCGCCGACGCAAGACCACCAAGAUGCUGGUAACCAUGGUUGUGGUGUUUGCGGUCAGCUGGUUGCCUUUUCACGCCUUUCAGCUCGCCAUUGACAUUGACCACAGCGUGUUGGACAUGAAGGACUUCCGGCUUCUUUACACUGUUUUCCACAUUGUUGCCAUGUGCUCGACGUUCGCCAACCCUCUGGUGUAUGGUUGGAUGAACCGUAACUACCGCAGCGCCUUUGUUGCAGUCUUUCGUUGCAAGGAACGGCUUGAUUUAUUGCACGCCGAGGGCCAGGCUGCCCCAGCGGUUCGCAGCAAACCAAAAAAGGCUCUGGAAGCCCAAGAUAUGGUGACGACACAUCUCAACGCAACAGAUGUCUGAGGUGAGGAUACUGAAAGGAUUUCUGAUGUGAACUUAGCACUGUCGAGGAUUCAUCCUGGUGGAUUCAUCGCAACUCCCUAGUGAUUUAUGUGCUCUCCAAAUUUAAGACACUUCAUACCAUCACCAAUUUUUUGUUGGCACACCUUGCCAUGGCUAAUCUGCUUGUCAUCAUGGUGUUUCCCAUUUAUGCUGGUUUACAUUACACUGUGGGAAUGGAGUUUGAAAGUGCUUUAUUUCACUCUACUGUAUACUCAAGGUCUUGCUGUCCAUGUCCCUAUGUUAAAUGAAAUUGUGCUGGUGGCAUCUUCGCAACAAUGUGACCUAGCUAAAUUCUACAUUGUGAACUAAGUUCAAUAAAAGAGCACAGAUGAGUAGGGAUCUUCAUGUUUGGAAGAUAUUCUCAUCAUCAAUGCAUCUUCACCAAGAUCUAUGAGGUGACUGAUUGGGAGGUAUAUAAUCUCCCAUAUAUAUACUUGAAAAAAGAACAUUUUAAACAAAAUUUCGGUAUCUUGCUGUGCGGAUGCUUCUCCAUUGGUAGGAAAGAUGACUGUACGCAGUUUUGUUCAUCGUAGAAGAAAGUUCCUCAUCAUGAAACACUUUUGGGUGUUAUCAUACGAUGAAUUUGUGCACCUUUGAUCUUCAACCUCACAAUGGCUCUGUAAUCUUUAAGCAGCCGUCAUCUCGUGUGGACUUACAGGCAGGUCGAGCACUCAAAUGGCUCUGGAAAGUGUUAACAGCAAAUUGCAUCUCCUUUCAUCUGAAAGUAAUUUGCACCGAGGAAUAGUGUGCCAGCACUCCUUUAGACUAACAACAGCACAAAGACAGGGAGAUGUUUCUAUCCCUGCGGUAUGAAUGUUUCAACACAUAGAUCUGUAUUAUCCCCUCCAUUAAAACCUUGAAGGACAUUCUGUCAGUUCAAUACUUUUCAUAUUAAAAUAUUAUGAAUGUGUUUCAUCUAAAAUACAGCACUAUUAUCGUUGACAGUACCUGAUGGAUCAAAGUGGAUUGUUCACUUGCUAGUUCACUUUUUAAAAACUUCACCUUAGUAAUGUGCAAAUAUGACAACAGAAAAAAAGGAGAAAAAAACAUUUGUAAUGGAAAUAUGCUUUCUACUGUAUGCUGUUCUCUUCUGUAAAGCUGUCACCUUUGCAAUCACCAUGCCAGAUGAAUGUAAUUACAUGGUAAAUCUAUAUAUAUAUAAAUAUCUGACACACGAUAUGUAUAUUAAUAGGAAUUAAUCUACCAACAUGAAAAUAUUUCCCUAUGUUCUCCAAUUUCCUGAAGGAAAAUGGAUCGCAAAUCUGCUUUAAGCAAAAAAUGAUGACUCAUACAAGUUAUGGUAUUUCUGAUGAAUUCUAUUGACAUGGAAGGUACAUGCCUGCCCACUGAGGUACCAAAUUACUCCUUUUAACCUACAUUGUCUGCAGGAAAUGAGAAUGUCUCGUUUAAUUAGCACUUCUGUGUGGAUCCCACUUCAAUUUGGGAUGUAAAUUGAGAAUUAUUCAUAAGAUAUGCCAGCAUUAAACGUUGAUAGAGUCAUUUGUGUUCAAGGAAUAUUCUGGGUUUAAUAGUAGUUAAAAGCUUUCUUGCCAUAGAAAAUAAUUUUGACAUGUUCUUCAGCAUGUAAAAACAAACAAUAAUACAUUUACAAUGGAAGUCUAAGAGGCAUGGAAAAACUGGGUAACACUUUACAAUAAGGUUCAUUAGUUAAAAUAACCAGACAUUCAUCUGCCGAGAAAAAAUAGUUCCACUGCUAGGACUAUUAAAGUCCCUGUUGUGAUGUAUAUCCGAGUGAAAAAGCGUCUCAAACAAGAAAAAAUGUAGGGCAGGACUUGAUUUUGUCCAUGGGAAAUUGAUUGGAUUGUUGGACCAUUGUGGUUUGCUAUUGGUCGAUCUCAUGUGAGUGACAGGUUGUCCCGCCCUCACACCAGUAAACACGUCAUCAGAGAAGAGAAGCGAUGUCGCUGCAAGAGGGAGGGGAAGUUAUUUUGAUCACGGUAACACUUUACAAUAAGGUUCAUUAGUUAAACAUUAGUUAAUGUAUUAAUUAACAUGAACUAACCAUGAGCAAUACAUUUGUUACUGUAUUUACUAAUCUUCGUUAACAUUAUAUACAUUAUAACAUUAUAAUUUCGUUAAUGAAAAUAAAGUUGUUCAUUGUUAGUUCAUGUUAGUUCACAGUGCAUUAACUAAUGUUAACAAGAUUUUAAUAAUGUAUUAGUAAAUGUUGAAAUUAACAUUAACAAAGAUUAAUAAAUGCUGUAGAAGUGCAGUUCAUUAUUAGUUCAUGUUAACUAAUGAAUUUUAUUGUAAAGAUUACAUUAUUUGAUUGAAGGUCACAUGAAUUAAAAAAAUGAUGCACAAGGAUAUAUUAUUUGUAAUAAAUACUGCAAUAUUCCAUAAAACAACAAUUUAUUGUCAAUUUUGAUUUUUGAUAUUGUCAAACACAUUUUUGUAGUAAAAUUUUUUAACAAUAUUAAAUUAACAUUUCUGCUUUAAAACCCACUUAAAUUUUUAAAUUAAAUAUGCAUGUGCAUUACUGUUGUGCUAACCAAGUAUGAUGCAGCAAGUUUAUAUCAUCAAGCAAUUUGCCCGCCACACAGAAUGCAAAUGUUGUGUACUGUGACAAAAUCAUAGCCAAUCAGAAUAUAUGAGUGAGAUUUUGGACCAAUAGUCCUUUCAAUUAAUCACUUUGCGUCUGUCUGGGACAGUGUAAACAUAUAGGCCUUCAAUUUAUUUCAAACUUAUUGUCUGUGGCAAUUAUCAGCAUGCCGCUACAAGAGAAAGAUGACUGUGAGUCAGAACGCCAAAUAGUCAAGUGGUGCCUAAUUAUUUAGUUGACUUUUUCUUUGAUGUUCCAAAUGCAGCACAAACACACAAAGUCAACAAAAUCAGCAGUCCAGUUUUUCUUCAGGGAUCUUAUUUCACACAUCAAAAUGUGUUUGUGUGAGGGUGUUACAAAAACAGCCACUAGUGUUGAUCAGCCAGCUUUAUUUAUAUGAGAUUUUAAUCAUUAUAUUUACACAAGCUUUUUAGCUGGCAUAGUUUGAGAAAAGGCUAACAACAGAUUUUUGCUCUGCAAACCAUUUUCAAUGUAACAUACAGUACUUAUAAACAUGUAUAUUUGUGGAUGUGAAAUGUCAUACUUGCAAGUGUUUGUAUUAACAGAUGUGUUUACAUUUAAAAACAAAAAGAGACUUGUAUAUACAUUAUGUACCAAAACUUUGGUUGAUGCCGACCAAAUCGUGCUGUGAUACAUUCAAAUUAUUUUUGAAUGUUGUGUAAUUCGCAAUUUAUUUGUGGUAGAGGUUGAAAGAUGGAGAUAAUGGCUCAAAUGUUCUUUGUAAAUAAACUUAUUUGAAUUGAAUCUCACAA